CUAGUGAGCCGCGCGUUUCAAAGCCCUUUCCAGGAGCAGAGCGACGCGCGCAGCCCUGCUGGAGCCGAGGACGGACCGCCCGGGGAAGGACUCCUCGUUCCUCAGGACGAUGGUGUUGGACAAGGAAGAGGGUGUGCCGAUGCUCUCUGUCCAGCCCAAAGGGAAACAGAAGGGGUGCGCUGGCUGCAAUCGCAAGAUUAAAGACCGCUACCUGCUCAAGGCCCUGGACAAAUACUGGCAUGAGGACUGUCUCAAAUGUGCCUGCUGCGACUGCCGCCUGGGGGAGGUGGGCUCCACCCUGUACACGAAAGCCAACCUCAUCCUCUGUCGCAGGGACUACCUGAGGCUCUUUGGUACAACAGGGAACUGUGCAGCCUGCAGUAAACUGAUCCCAGCCUUUGAAAUGGUGAUGAGAGCCAGAGAUAAUGUUUACCAUUUGGACUGUUUUGCCUGUCAGCUUUGUAACCAGAGGUUUUGCGUGGGGGACAAGUUUUUCCUAAAAAAUAACAUGAUUUUGUGUCAAAUGGACUAUGAGGAGGGCCAGCUGAAUGGGAGCUUUGAAACGCAGGUUCAAUAGUUGGAACCUCGAGGCAGCAACAAUCGACUCUACACUUCACUCUAGAUGGAUGUUGUGCUGCACUUGGAACAAGACAAGCGUCCGUCUGCUUGCCUGCAAUACUUUUUAAGACCCCUUUAUCAGUCCCUAAGGACUCUAUUGUAAAUGUUCUACUUUUUGCCCCUUCCACCCACCCCCACACACACACACACACACACACACACCUCCCCAAACACUGAGCAGUUACAAAUUUUGAUGU